AUGCGCCUUACGACGCUGCUUCUCGCAGCUACGUCGCUAGUCGGCGCUGUGUUCGUCGACGAGGUUGGCGACAUCGACUACCACCACGAGCUCCGUCCCCAGGCUUCACUACUCUACACCCUCAGCGAUGUUGGCGUUCUCGGAGCCGUCAAUCCCAGCAACGGCGCGGUCGUCUGGCGUCAAUUCCUGACGGGCAAUAUCACGAAUGGAGGCGGACACUUGCGAGCGGCCGAGGACGAGGAUUGGGUUGUGUCUGCGUACGGAAGCUCAGUGCAUGCCUGGAACGCCUUGUCCGGCAGGAACGCCUGGUGGAUCGACUUCGUGGGCACCAUUAAGGAUCUGGAAGUCAUGGAGAUGACAGAAAACGGACGCAAGGAUGUGCUGGCGCUUUUCGAAGAGGAGGAUGGCUCUACCGUCCUGCGAAGACUCAACGGUGCUGACGGAACUGUGGUGUGGGAGAACAAGGAUGCGUCCAAGACUAUCCCGCUCCAGGUAUCCAACAAUAUCGAGAAGAUCUUUGUUGUCAGCCUUUACGGAAACGACGGUAUGUGGGCCGUGAGGGUGUCUGUCCACGACACUCUCACUGGAAAGCGCAUCGACGACAUCAGCCUCGGCAGCAAAGGCGACGUUACGGAUAAAAGAGACGUCAUGUUCGUAGGCGCCAACUCCGCGUCUCCCAUCGUCGCCUGGCUCGAUAGCGAUCACACGAAGCUCAAGGUCAACGUUCUGGGCACCAAGUCGAAGCAGGAGUUUGCCCUCCCGUUCCCCAGGACCCUCGAUGUAGCUAUCCAUGCCCCGCAUCACCUCAACGCGGAGCCGCAUUUCUUGGUGCACAGCAGAUCCUCCGACAGCCACAAGGGCGAGGUCUACCACGUCAAUAUCAAGAACAAUGCUGUCACCAAGCACCACGAGCUGCCGGUGCUCCCUGGACUGGGCGCGUUCUCGACUAGCUCGGAGGGCGCCAACGUGUGGUUCACGCGCAUCACCGAGGAGGAGGUUAUCCUUACCUCGUCAAGCUCACAUGCCAUCCUCGGAAAAUGGGCCUUCAAGGAAGGAAAUGAGAGAUUCGCAUCUCUUCACGCCGUAUCCGAGGUUAUCAAGAAGGCUGCGGACAACUUUGCUGUCCGCUGCGCCGCUGUUACUACGCUGGAUGACUGGAUUCUGGUCCGCAACGGCGAGGAGGCCUGGGUUCGCCCUGAAGGUCUUACCGGAGGUGUCGCUGCGGCCUUUGCAGAAAUCCCCGAAAGUGAGGACCUCGCCAAGACCCUCGAAGCCGAGGCACACGACAACGUCCUGUCUGCUUACAUCCACCGUGUCCAACGUCACUUUGAUGAUCUCGCCUAUCUGCCCGACUACCUUGCCUCGAUCCCCCAGCGUCUGGUCAGCAGCAUCACCGGAGCUGAGAUUACCUCAAAGACAGAGGGUCUUUCUCGCGAUGCUUUUGGUUUCAAUAAGAUCGUGGUUCUGGUGACCAAACGCGGCAAGCUUUUCGGUAUUGAUAUCGGCAAGCAUGGCAAAGUCAUCUGGAAACUUCACGCUGUCGACAUCGCCCCUUGCAACACCUGGGAUAUCAAGGGCAUCUUCGUUGAGGAUGCCAAGUCCACCGUCACUGUUCGAGGCCACUUUGGCGAUUACGUUAUAGCCAAGACAGACACUGGCAAGAUGGUUGACUCCAUGCCUGAAGGCUCCUGGGUGCAAACUCAAGCUGCCGUCAUUGUCGAUAGCCCUUCAGGACCAUGGCUCGCCCCGGUUGGAGUUGGAGGUGCCAUCGCGUCCCCUGUUGCAUGGAUACCCACACAGACUGUCGUCGUUCGUGGCUUGAAGGGCGAGCUGAAGGGCUUAACCUACAUCGAGGAGGAAGGCACAGGCAAGGAACAGGUUGCUUGGGAGUUCUCUGCGCCAGCGGGCUUUGAGAUCGUCAACAUCGCAAUCCCACGCGUCAAGUACAAGUACCUGAACCCCAACACCAUUGUCGUUUCUGCCUACAGCAACGCCAAGUCUUCUCUCAACGUCUACCUGAUCGACUCGGUCUCAGGCGCUGUCCUCCACUCCACUGCUCAUGAGGGAGUUGACGGCAACAAGAACAUCGAGUGCACACUCGCUGAGAACUGGUUCGCCUGCUCGUUCUUCGGACAGUACUCUCUCAAGGAUGAUGCUGGUCAGCCUCUCUCUGGACAAACCCUGAAGGGCAACCAGAUCGUGGUCUCCGACUUGUACGAGAGCGAGUACGCCGAUGAUCGAGGCCCGCUUGGUGACGCUGCCAACUUCUCCUCUACCGAGCCUGUCGAUACCCCGACCGGCGUGCCCCUUCCCUCAGUGAUCAGCCAAGCUUGGAUCUUGUCUGCCCCUCUGGCCGCUCUUGCUGUCACGCAGACCCGCCAGGGCAUCACCAGCCGCCACGUUCUAGGCUACCUGCCAGAGUCUCACGCCAUUGUCAGUCUUCCCCGCCAGCUCCUUGAGCCAAGACGUCCAGUCGGACGUGACCCGACACCCGCGGAGAUGGAGGCGGAGGGCUUGAUCAGGUACCACCCCGCCAUUGAGAUCGACCCCAGACAAGUUAUUACCCACCAGCGCGACGUCAUUGGCGUGCAGAAGAUCAUUACCUCGCCUACCAUUGUGGAGAGCACCAGCUUGGUCUUCUCCCGGCGUCGACGUCUUGGAAGCCGUGUUCGCAAGAAGCAGACCAACUUGCGUUGGGCGUAG